CGAGUUUUCUUCGACAUGUAGGUUAUGUCGAGCGUAUACUGUUUUGGCGGUAAUACGACUAAUAUGUGCAAUUGCAGCCACGCAUAUGUCAUUUCCAUGCGGUACUUGUAAACAUGAUUGUUAAAUUGGAAAAGGUGAUAAACUGUUCCUCGGAACAUCCAUUGUAUCCUGCCGCCAAUCUUCUUCAAUGUAAUUCAGAAAAUUGGAAAGCUACAUGGCGAUGUAGCAAACCAGGAGAAAUGCUGGCACACGUCAUCUUCCAGCUUGCCGAGCCUUCUUACAUCACGGGAGUCGAUAUCGGCAAUUACCAGAGCUGCGUGGUGAUUAUCACUGGUUCGACGUCCGCGGAACCUGACAAUUGGACAGUUAUCGUCAACCACAAAUUUAUGACCAACGAUGAAGCUGCAAACAAUAAGUUUAAGGAUCAAGUUCAAUUAUUUACUAAAAGAGAAUUGAAUCCAGACACCUUGAAGAGUAAAUUUGAUCGAAUCAAAGUUACGUGCAUGCAAUCGGCCAAUUUGAAGGUGUUGUUUGGAUUGUCAUAUGUCAUUUUAAGGUCAGACCCCACGAUUGAUUUAGGCUUGGAUGCGUUUGGCAAGUUUAAAUUGAAACAGCCAUAUGUCGUCAAGACACCCAUGGAAAUGAUGAAGGAAAAAAUCCUUAGCAAGGCAGAAAGUACAAAGACAGAUUACAGGAAAGAGUUACGCGAGCAGAUAAAAAAAGAUUCGAUGGAGAAUUUUGUCAAAUGUCAAGAGGUACAAAAGCCUGUUAAGAGGCCGUUGUUGGAAAAAUUGGAAGCUGGAGAAGCCGAUCAAGUCUUUGGGAAAAACGAUAAGACCCAGUCACAAAGUACUAAGGAUAAAGAUAAAACACUUGAUAAAACUCGGAAAAAUACCGAAAAUGUAUCAAAUGAUAAAGUGGCGAGAACUCCUUUUGGAGAUGUUGUGCCUUUGCGAAACGUUGAUACUAACAAAAACAAUACCACUCAGAGUCCUUCGACAUCUAAGAAACGUUCUUUAAUCGAAUUGGAGGAUUGGCCAAACGCAAAACUCGGUGAAAAAAAGAAACAGAAGUGCUCCGAAUGUUGUACAGUCUCGCAAGAUCGACCAUGUACAAAUUGUCAAAGAUUGCCUCGGCCCAAAGACAUGGAGACUGCUCCUUUGAAAGCAAACGACAACGUUCCUGUAAAAGUGAAGAAACCGUUCAAACAAUUGUUCAAUGACGUUACAUUCUCUCUCAGCGGUUAUGUUAAUCCACAGAGAGACGAUAUUAGAAGGAAGGCUCUUAGCAUGGGUGCCAGAUAUAUUCCUGAUCCAAAUACAACUAAUAACAAAUGCACUCAUUUGAUAUGUGCUUUUAAAAAUACACCGAAAUACCAACAAUUCAAAAAUCAUACGAAAAUUGUUUCUCACGCUUUUAUCGAGGAAUGUUUUGAUAAAAAGAAAAGAUUUUCUUGGAGGCGAUACGCUUUAAACCAAAAAGACAAAUUGCAGCCUGAGAGCGAAGAAGAAAGUGAUGAAACAGAAUCUGUAUAUGAUAUGGACACUGAUGCCGAUUCAGAUUAUUAAUAUUUCAGUCAAACUGUAUUAAUUAUAUUGAUAUUGAUAUUAAUGUGCGCGCGUACGCAAUUAACCUCUUAAUAUUUAUACUUAUGACAACCGUUAUAUAAUUAACAUUUCUUUAAAUUCUUAACAAAUAUAUAUUUUUUGUACAUAGACACGCGCACACCUGUACGCGCGUAAUUAAUACCAAUUUUCGUAAUACUAUUUACAAAUUGUGUGUACAAAGGAGAAAAAAGAUUACAUUGAAAAUCGGAAGAAGAAACAACGGCAAUUAAAGGGUUUUAUUAAUACAAUAAAAAGUAUUUCUCCAACUUGGUAAAGCUAAAUUAUUGACAAUUAAAUAGUGAAAUUGAAUAUACAUACAUAUAUAUAUAUACAUAAUUAAAGAUCAACGUCACACAUGUGUCUAAUCAACUUAUUUUUAAUUAUAUUAAAUGUAAAUAUAA